ACUGGAAAAUGGUUUGUCAAAUAUAUUUUCUGGAGUUUUACAUUUGAGUGACUGAUAGCAGUCAAAUAUCUACUGUUUCCUCUAGAGCUUCCAGAGAUUAGUGGUGAUGUAGCGUGUAACCAUUAGAUGUCAACAUUUCAAUGUCAAUCUGAAAGUUGAAAUUGAUAUAACCCCUAUGCCCCACAAGUUCUAUCAUGGCCGCAAUGGCCAGGUUUGGAACGUCACCAAGCGUGCCAUAGGCGUUGAAGUCAACAAACAGGUUGGGAAUAGGAUUAUUAGGAAAAGGAUCCAUGUGCAGGUGGAACAUGUUCAGCCAUCAAGGUGCAUGGAAGAAUUUAGACUGACGAAAAUUCGGAAUGAUGAGUUGAAAGCAGAAGCAAAAAAGCGUGGAAAGAAGAUCAGCACAAAAAGACAGCCAGAAGGACCCAAGCCUGGUUUCAUGGUGGAGGGUGCCACCCUAGAAACAGUCACACCAAUCCCAUAUGAUGUGGUGAAUGACCUCAAGGGCGGAUACUGAUUCGUGUCUUGCUUUGAAUUAAUUUUAUGGUUUCCCUUGUUAUUAAGAAUGUUAUGCUACUCU